UACUAAUAAAAAAAAAUGGAACAUAAAAUAUUAAAAAUAUUUAACUCUAGUAAAAUAAUAUAUGGAUUUCGAAAUAUUGUAAUACAAAAGCGAUUUUUUUUAUCAGAAGCAUAUCGAUGUGAGGAAGCAUGGAAAGAUCGAUUGCAAUCACCGUUGCUGCAAAAAUUUAAAUCAGACGAUUUAUUUGUUAUUUUGGACAAUAAAUUCCAUACUGAUAAAAAAGUUAGUGCAGUAGAUAUAGAUAUAUUUGCAAAUAGCUUAAAUAAAGAAGAUCAUGUAGAAGAAUUGUUAAGUCUACUCCAAAAAUUGAGGAAAACUGCAGAAACAUCGAACAUAUUAGAUUCAACACAUCAUGCUGUUAUAAGAUAUUUAUUAGAUAAUAAUUAUACUAAAGAACUUAUGAAUGUAUUACAUAAUAGACUUAAUUAUGGUAUUUUUCCUGAUUAUGUCACUUAUAACAUACUCAUGGAUACAUAUAUAAAAAAACAAGAUUAUACCAAUGCUGCAAAAGUUGCUGUUUUACCUAUGUUACAAGAAGAGUCUGAACAUUUAAUAACUAAUGCAUUAUCUGUAUAUGCUUGUCACAAAUAUUUAGAAAAUCCAAAUAAAUGGCAGAAACCACCAGAACCUAUAGACAAUACUAAAGAAGAAAUUAAAAUACGUGUAGCUUAUCUUAGAAAUCCUUAUUUUGAUGACCAUUUUGAUCUUACUGAUCCAUAUGAUUUAGUUGGAAAAACAUUAGCUUUUCAAGGAAGAUUUAUGAAUAAUGAAUUAGGAAGAACUUGUCAAUUAAGAGGCUUAAUAUUAUAUAAAAAAUAUCAAGAUGCAUUAAAAUUAAUAAAAAAAUGGAUAAAUGAAAUUGAAGGAAAUAUUGUUUACAAAGAAGUUUUUGAUUUGAUUGAAAAAGAUAAAAAAAAUGUAUUUCAAGAACAAGUAACAGAUGAGUUUGAAAUUUUAAUGUCAGAAGUUAAUUUAAUAAAAGAAAAGAAUUUGUGUACAGAUAAUUUAAUUAAUGUAUUAGAAAAUAAUAUCAAAUCUGCAAUUGAAAAACAGCAUGAUAUUGAUAUAAAUGAACAAAUGCAGAAAUAUGUAGAGUGGGAAAAACAGAGACAAUUAAUACUAGAUAAACAAAUAGAAGAAAUAAAUCGAAUAGCUAAAAAAGAAGAAAUAGAGAAAUUAAAAGAAGAAAUGGAAAAGCAAGAACGAUUUUUGACUUUCUUUGAAAAUGAAGAAGAUAUAGAACUGGAAAUAGAGAGAAUAGAAGAACAUGAAAAGAAAAAAAUGGAACAAAUUCUUAAAAUACCUCAUGCUAAGAAGAAGUUGAAGAAAUUAGAAGAAGAAAAAGAAUAUACACCACCUAAGAUUUAAAGUUAAAGAAAGUAAUUUUUGAUAUAUUUAUAAUUGUUAUAAAUAAUAAAUGUAUAAUUAAA